CCCUAUUCUAAGUACAAUCCACCCCCCUCAUUGCGGACCCGGCUCACUUCGGGCCUUGGGUCUACAGUUCAGUAACGUCGCAAGAAAUCAGAGACACGUCGACGUGCGUGUGGAACUUGCCUCUGCGGACAGAGUGCCAGACCCAUGGGACAAUCGUAUCUCACCCGACAGACAACCAUUGAGCCUUAUCACGCACCCGGGUCAACUGAGCGCACCCAAGUUCCGCCAUGGAUUGAACAGAAUCGAAAACGCCAAAGAUUUUUCGGAACUCGUUCAUCUUCUCGACCUGAUUCCCAUCAUACAUGACGGAGAUCGCCGACAGCCUAGGCCCGCGUAUGACUUUCAAGGACUGAAGGAUGGCGACAGAGGUAUGGUUGGGUUCAACCAGCACUGUGGAACCCUCGACCUUGACGCGAUUUCUCAUUGGGCUUGUGUCUGCGCGUUUCUAGUCUCGGCGGGUAUUGAAAAGCCCCGAGCACUUGUCCACGAUGAUUUAAGAAUCCUGCAACGCGAUGUGCAACAACAAACAGUAUCUCUUUUCGAUUUUCUUGCCACGUGUAGUUUGGAAGAUGUGGCAAAAUACUAUCAGCGGAGUUCGCCAGCAAUGGAAAUUCCCGACUUUGCCACAUGGCCGAAGCUGAAGAAAGGAGUUCCAGGGCAUAAUUCAGAGCCCAUUGUCAAGCCGGCUACAUUCCCAUUAUGCAUGGAGCAAGAAACAAACAAGUCGUAUCUAAACAACCUCGGCAAGCAACUUGAUAAAUGGGACAAGUCAGCUAAACUCACAGACAAUGGCUGUUACACCAUAGGCGUCGAACUGGAGAUGCAAACCCCUUCAUCUGGCCCGACUGAGGAGGAGAGGGUUUCAAUAAUCACCGAGAGUCAAUCUGAACAUUGGUUUGGAUCUGAGGAAGAAAAACAGAAAUUCCACGACCGUUGGGGGAAUGCUGCCAAACGGGGGCACGACCCUGACCCGGAGGAUGGCCGAGACUACGCUUGCGGUCUUACGUUCGAGACGCGAUCCCAGUCAGUUAUCCAGAUGGUGAAAAAGAACCUGGGUGUCUUUUUCUAUAACCCUGGUACAAAUACACAGUACUCCGGGAUAGAUCCCAUCACCGCCCGGAAGAAGAUGUUUGCAGAGGAAGGCGGCUCUUUCUGUGACCCCGAGUAUGAGGCUGAGUGGCAGGCCUGGGGCGUCAAGGAGGACGGUUCGCUUGGAAAUUCCGAGAACUGGAAAGGCUACGCGGGUCUCAACGGCAUGGAGCUGGUCAGUCCCAUCCUGAGAGACACGCCUGAGUGUUGGGAAUCGAUACUCGAUAUCCUUGCUGGUCUGCGGCGCACCAUGAGGCUCGUCGUCGAUCAGAGAUGCGGAGUUCACGUCAGCGUUGGUAAAGGGACAGACCCCAUGCCAUUGCACUUUUACCGCAAGCUGGUCUGUCUCAUGUAUUGUGCUGACCCUGUUAUCUUCAGCCUCUGUCGCCCGGAUCGAGGGAAUAAUUAUGGGUUCAGCCGUCCCUUGCGGGAGUGUGAAGGUGUCGGGCUGGUUGGUUACUAUGACCCAAAUUGGGAAAACUGCACUGCGACUCAGGACUUUGUUGACCACUUUCCCGUUGAUACACUGUCGUCUAGCGAUCAGGGCAUCCUGAAGAAGCUCUGGAAUGCACCCAGUAAGAGAGACCUCGAAGACCUCAUUAUCCAUGCCGGAGCCAGAAGCUGCGUCAGUAUCCUCCGCGUCAAAGAGACUCCCGUCCCUGGGUACUUCACAGGUGCUGUCGAGUUUCGCCAUCUCGAGGGUAGUCUGGAUCCCGACCUGAUUCUCCGGUUCGGCCAGCUUCUGGUCGCUCUCUUCCAGUUCGCCGACCAAGCAGCACCAGAGGCGUGGCAGGAGCUCAUCUCCAUCUUGAUGAAGUGCAGAAGCCCAGAACUCUACGACUCGGAUAUCCUCCGAACACUGCUCGUUAAAAUCGGUCUAGGAGAUGACUUCACUUAUUGGACUGAAAAGAUAGGGAAGAAUCGGGACCUCCCAAGUGCCCAGAGCAUGACAGAGUGGCGCCGAGAUGAUCCUGACGGCUACUUGAACAGUCUGGAAGUAGAACCACCGAUUCAGUCAGAGCAUGUGAAAUCUCUCCGCCAAAAAGUUUGCCAAAGACAGCGAAAGCCGGGGUAUACCAUCCAGAAGCCAGAGGAGGGUCCUACCAAGCCCUCUAAGGUUAUCAGUAUUAGGGAGGAGAUGAAGGGACGCACCGAGUCCCUUUUAAAGAUCAUCUCGUCAACCAAAUCCAUCCCCCGGGGCAACCUAGAGCAUGUGCUCUCUAGAGCUCCAGAAGUUAGCCUCGGUGGCCAAAGGGGACCUAGAAACACUCCUCCAGAGGCUAGUCGAGGCACAGAAACCCGCCUGAGCAAUCUUCUUAUCCAGAGCCAAAAGAAGGCCCAAACACUCGCAGACCAGGAACUGAGUAAGAAAGAGCUCAAUAACUUUGCUGGCCUAGAUUGCAACGACAAAAAUGGACCAGACUUCUUGGAUCCCUUUCCGCAACUGGAGGGUCCGAUGUUGGAGGUGGAUAUCACAGAGAAGGAAUGGAAACUAUUUCUUGGUGGCCCUUGAAAGCACCAGGUCCGGGUGGCUUAUUUUGCAAUACCCUCAUAUUUAGAUAAUCA